UUUUUUGACUUCCCAGACAGUGUUGAUUUAAGUGUCAAUUGUUGAGAAAAAAUUAGUGUGUAAAAUGUACACAUCAACGGUAACACAAUUUGAAGAGCCGCCUAAAAAAAAACCCGUAAAUGAAAUCACCGUGGAACCAAUUUCAGCAGUGGAUGAACCACCAGCCGAGCAACCUUUAAUCUGGCGAAAUAUAAUUGGGAUUCUGAUACUUCAUAUAUUUGCUUUUUAUUCAUUUGCAACGAAAUGCCAUGAAGCAAAAUUAUGGACAUGGAUAUUCAGUCCACUUUAUGGAAUAGCCGCGGGCGUAGGAAUCACUGGUGGAGCACAUCGACUAUGGGCACACAGGAGUUACUCGGCAAAAGUACCUCUCAGAAUAUUGCUGGCAUAUCUUUACUGCAUGGCUGGGCAAACACACAUGUCAAAAUGGAUUCGCGAUCACAGAACUCAUCAUCGAUACACUGAAACUCACGCAGAUCCUCAUAAUUCAAACCGUGGGUUCUUUUUUUCACACGUCGGUUGGCUUAUGAUGCGCAGACACCCAGCAGUUAUUAAAUACGGAAGUAAAAUUGACAUGAGUGAUGUAAAGAAUGAUCCAGUUAUCAAAUUUUUCGACAAAUACUACACUCCAAUCAUGCUAUUUUUGGCCUUUGUGUUGCCAACAUUGAUUCCUGUUUACUGUUGGAAUGAAAGCUGGUCCAUAAGCUUCAGGGCUGUAAUUAUUCGGUAUGUGUGGUUGCUGAAUGCAACCUUCCUCGUCAACAGUUUCGCUCACAUGUGGGGCAAUCGUCCGUACAACAAAACAACAAAGCCCACGGAAAAUCCAACAGUCGCGUUUUUCACGCUUGGUGAGGGUUGGCACAAUUACCACCAUGCAUUUCCAUGGGACUACAAGGCCGCUGAAUUGGGCGCUUACGCUCUCAAUCCAACGACAGCAUUUAUUGACAUUAUGGCGCGUUUUGGUCUUGCUUAUGAUCUUAAAAAACCAAACAAGGAAUUGGUAGAGAGAAUAAGUCGCAGUAAAGGAGACGGAACCGAAAGUUUAUGGGGAAAUAAUUAUCAUUCUCACCACUCAACAAUUGUUGAGUAGAUUAAGCGGAUAAACAGAUUUUUUAUAUUUAAAAUUUUUACAAAAAUAUGUUUAUUGUAACACUCAAAUUUUGUUGUAUUUUUUUUAAUAAUUUUAUUCACUUUAAUU